AUGUUGCCAAAAUCCAUCAUCGCCGUCAGCACUGUCCUGGCAGGCGUUGCGUCUGGCCAAGCGACCUCUCCUCCUAAAUAUCCUUCGCCAUGGAUCAACGCGGACUUUAACUGGGACGAUCCUUCUCCCGUUCCUACCAGCGGUCGAUCUUGGGCGGAGGCCUAUGACAAGGCUGUCCAGUUCGUGAGCAAACUGACUCUUCUGGAGAAGGUUAACCUCACUACUGGUGUUGGAUGGGAGGGCGGAAGCUGCGUAGGAAACACUGGAUCAAUUCCUCGACUUAAUUUUCCAGGUCUAUGCAACCAAGAUUCGCCCCUUGGUGUCCGUGACACGGAUGAAAACUCUGCCUUCCCAGCUGGAGUCAAUGUGGCAGCAACUUGGAGCCGCAGCUUGAUGUACGCACGUGGUGCGGCUAUGGGAGCUGAGCAUCGAGGAAAGGGUGUGGAUACACAGUUGGGACCUGUAGCAGGACCCAUUGGCCGUACGCCUGAGGGUGGCCGAAACUGGGAAGGUUUCAGCCCUGACCCGGUGCUCACGGGUGUUGGAAUGGCUCAGACUGUUCAGGGAAUUCAAGACGCCGGUGUGAUUGCCUGUGCCAAGCAUUUCAUCGGUAACGAGCAGGAACAUUAUCGCCAGGGCGGCGCUUCCCAGAAGACGAACGGACAGAACAACAAGCUCGCAGAAUCUUCCAACAUCGAUGAUGUUACUCUACACGAGCUUUACCUCUGGCCUUUUGCGGAUGCAGUCAACAACAGCUACGCAUGCCAAAACAGCUACAUGCUCAACUACAUCCUCAAAGAAGAAUUGAACUUCCAGGGCUUUGUCAUGAGCGAUUGGUGGGCACAGCAGUCUGGUGUUGCCAGCGCCCUGGCUGGUCUUGAUAUGACCAUGGCUGGAGAUCAAGGUCUCGCUUCUGGCGAUACCUACUGGGGAAGCAACCUUACCGCCGCUGUUAUCAACGGAACCAUUCCCCAAUGGAGACUCGACGACAUGGUUGUGAGAAUCAUGACCUCUUACUACAAGAUUGGCCGUGAUGUCACCAAGGUUCCUGUCAACUUCAACUCUUGGAGCUUGGAGACCACUGGGCCAAUCUAUGCACAGGAUCCAAGCAAGGGACAGACGACCAUCAACCAACAUGUAAAUGUGCAAGCCAACCACAAGAAGCUCAUUCGCCAGAUUGGUGGUGCUUCAACGGUCCUUCUGAAGAACACUAAGAAGGCACUGCCCUUGAAGAAACCCAAGAGUAUCGCCGUCAUUGGAAACGAUGCCCACGAUAACCCAGCUGGCCCCAAUGCUUGCAGUGACCGAGGAUGCUCUAACGUCAAGAACGGCUACCCCAUCUGGACCCUUGCUAUGGGUUGGGGAAGUGGCACUGCCAACUUCCCAUACUUGAUCAGUCCCGUUACUGCUCUUUCCGCCCAGGCCGAGCAGGACAGAACCGGCUUUAGAAACGUCAGCAACAACUUUGACUCAAAGGCUAUCAUCAAGGCAGCUACCGGUGCGGAGGCCGCUAUUGUGUUCGUCAACGCUGAUAGUGGCGAAGGCUACAUCACUGUCGACGGCAACCAGGGUGAUCGAAACAACCUUACCGCCUGGGGUGGUGGCGACGCACUGGUCUCGCUGGUUGCACAGCACAACCCAAACACCAUCGUUGUCAUGCACACUGUAGGACCCAUCAUUGUGGAAGACUACAAGAACAACCCCAAUGUUACUGCCAUCCUCUGGGCUGGUCUCCCUGGCCAAGAGUCUGGUAACGCCAUCACUGACGUUCUCUAUGGCAAGGUCAACCCACAGGCCAAGUCUGUGUUUACCUGGGGCAAGGACCGUGCUGACUGGGGCACCGAUGUCAUUUACGACACUGCCGAAGAUCCCGUACAGAUCCCGUAUACUGAGGGAACCUUCAUCGAUUAUCGUCACUUUGAUGCCGCCGGUAUUGAGCCAAGCUACGAGUUCGGUUUCGGUCUCAGCUACACUACUUUCACCUAUUCUGAUCUCCGAAUUACCAAACACAAGGUCAGCAAGUAUAAGCCUAACAAGGGAAAGACGUCAUCUGCACCCACAUUCGGAACUCUCAACAAGAAUCCUGCCAAGAAUGAGUUCCCCAAGAACAUUGAUCCCAUUAACCUUUACGUCUACCCAUACCUUGAAGGCCCCGUUCCCGAAGGACAGCCUGAAGACGUCCCUCCUGGAUCUCAGGAUGGCUCGCCCCAGAAGGUCGCCCCUGCCGGUGGCGCUCCUGGUGGAAACCCUGCCUUGUACGACGUUCUCUACACCGUCACAGCCGAAAUCGAGAACACCGGAAAGGUGACCGGUACCGAAAUUCCUCAGCUGUAUGUGAGCCUGGGUGGCCCAACCGACCCUGUCCGUGUUCUGCGUGGAUUUGAUGACAUUGAGAUCCUUCCUGGCCGAUCUGCCACUGUCACCUUCCAGUUGACCAGACGUGAUCUGAGCAACUGGGACUCAGCCAGCCAGAACUGGGUAAUCUCUUCUUACCCCAAGACUGUCUAUGUAGGCAGCUCUUCAAGGACUUUGCCCUUGAGCCAGGUCCUUCCUUAG